CCCAAAUAUAGCGCCCGUGUUAAAGUCCCGGCAUUAAAGCGAGCGGGAGGGAACAUAAAAUAAAGAAAAAAAAAAUCACUUCUUCCAACUCACUGUACUCUAAACCACCGUAUCACAGUGGUGGUAAGGAGUAGGAAGUAGGAGUGGUAUUUUCCAAAAAAAAAGAAAAAAAAGGAGUAGGAAGUAGCGGCCGAUUACCCAAUUCUGGUAGCCACGGUUUUCGCCUUGCCGGAAUUUUCGUAGUUGUAAUAAGGAGAUAGCGGAGGAAAAAAAAAGGAUUAGAAAUGGCGUCGCCGUCGUCUCCGACUUCGUCGACUUAUUCAUCGCCUGACUUCGGUGCUCCGUCCUCGGAUUCCGCCGUGCUCCCCAUAUCGGCGCUGAGAGACAAGAUCAUAGAGAAGAUUCAAGAGAAUCGUGUGACUCUCAUCGUCGGUGAGCCUGGUUGCGGGAAAAGCUCACAAGUCCCCCAGUUCUUACUUGAAGAAAACAUGGAACCCAUAUUGUGUACACAACCUAGAAGAUUUGCGGUUGUUGCAGUUGCCAACAUGGUCGCAAAGGCUCGAAACUGCGAAGUUGGGGAAGAGAUUGGAUACCACAUUGGCCACUCAAAGGUUUUCUCAGAAAGGUCAAAGAUUCUCUUCAAGACGGCCGGGGUUUUGUUGGAUGAAAUCCGAGACAAGGGACUGAGAGCUCUGAAGUACAAAGUUAUUAUAUUGGAUGAAGUGCAUGAAAGAUCAGUGGAGUCGGAUCUUGUUCUCCUUUGUGUUAAACAAUUUUUGCUGAAAAAUUCUAGCUUGAGGCUUGUGUUGAUGUCUGCAACUGCUGAUAUUAACAAAUAUCGUGAUUACUUUCGGGAUCUUGGAAGGGGUGAAAGAGUAGAAGUGUUGGCAGUUCCUCCUAGUACCAACCAACACCAAAUUUUUCAGCGGAAAGUGCUUUAUCUUGAGCAGGUUACUGAACUUCUUGACAUGGAAUCAGAGAGUUUAUCCACCAAGUAUUGCUCUGGCCUAAGCCCAUUUGCUGCUGAUGCUGGUAUCAAAGCUAAUGUUCACAAGCUUAUACAUGAACUAGUGGUGCACAUUCAUAGGAAUGAACCAGAUAUGGAAAAGAGUAUUCUUAUUUUCCUCCCAACCUACUAUUCAUUAGAACAGCAAUGGUUUCUCUUGAAGCCAUUCAGUAGAACAUUCAAGGUUUUCAUUCUGCAUCGCAGUGUCAACACUGCAGAAGCUCUCAAAGCCAUGAAAAUUUUGAAGUCCCACCGAAAGGUAAUAUUGGCCACAAAUAUUGCUGAAUCAUCAGUGACAAUUCCUCAAGUAGGAUAUGUCAUUGAUUCAUGCCGUUCUUUACAAGUUUUCUGGGAUAAUAAUCGUAAAUUAGAUUCAGCAGAACUUGUCUGGGUGUCUCGUUCUCAGGCUGACCAGCGAAAAGGGAGGACAGGUCGGACUUGUGAUGGUUAUGUUUAUCGACUGGUUACACGUAGCUUCUUCAAUCAACUCGAAGAGUAUGAGCCUCCAGCAAUACUGAAGCUGUCACUGAGGCAGCAAGUGCUCCUUCUCUGCUGUUCUGAUUCUAGAGCUAUAAAUGACCCCAAAGCCUUGUUGCAGAAAGCUCUAGAUCCUCCAGACCAUCAAGUUGUUGAAGAUGCGCUUGAUUUACUUGUACGCGCUCACGCACUGGAGAGAAGAUCGCCUAGGGGCCGCAAUGAGCCUACGUUCUAUGGGCAAUUGCUCGCAAGCUUCGGCCUGUCAUUUGAUGCCUCUGUCCUUAUACUCAAGUUUGGUGACCUAGGUCUACUACGUGAAGGUAUCCUUAUUGGGAUAUUGAUGGAUUUGCUGCCUCUUCCCAUUGUUCGCCCCUUCGGGCAGGGAAAUCUGCACAUGGAGUAUACUAGUAACUUUUAUGCUGGGGAUAGCAGGAUAACUGGGCUUACUGGCAAAAAGGAGGUCUUUCAUAUGGGAAACUUUUGCGCAUUCCAGUUUUGGCAACUAGUGUUUAAGGACAAGUAUCGUCUGGAAAAGUUGAAGCAGCUUUCUAAAUCUGAUGGAGCAGCAGACGAAACAAUUGUGCUGCAUAAGAUUGAGGAAGAGUGGUGCACAUUUCACAAUCUUCUUCAGUCAGCCCUUCAUGAAGUUGCUGAGACAUAUGAUGAAAUUGUAAAUUCUCUGCACCGGUUUCGCCCCAAAACUUUAUUGAACUCGAAUAGCUUACCGUUGUAUUAUGAUACUCGUGAAUAUCAGCAUACCUGUUUCCUCAAAGAUGACCAAAGUGAGGAUGAGGACACAUCAUAUACAAAUGACAAUCACCUAGCACUUGAUACUGGUGUGAAGGCAUGUGCUGCAGUACCCUUCGUCUCUUUCAAUGAUUUUCGAACAUCAGAGGUUGCUGAAAAAUUAGCUACCAUCGUCAAGGAGAUGAGAGUUAUGCUCACGGACGCAGUAUCUGGAAACAACGCCAAAUCUGAUGUUGGUAGUGAUUCUUUUGGUGUCACGGAGACUCCUCUAUGUAUAUAUUUCCUAAAAGGAUUCUGCAGUAGGGGCAGCCAAUGCAUGUACGCUCAUUCAUUUGCAGGAAAAAGACCGCAUUGCAUGUUUGUCUACUCUCUACAGGUAAUCAACUGUUGAAAUGUUUCAAUGUGGAAAUAAACAAGGAGAGGCAUGUUUGCCGGAACUUUCUGUCGGGCCUAUAAUGCUUUGUCAUCUUAUUUCGUCCAAGGGAAGUAACAGGUUUGGAAUUUGUUUGAACCACUGUUAUCUAAACCCAGGCUUUAAGCAGAACUUAAUGUAUAUCUGUCUGGAACUCUGUGUCUUAUUGCUGUACAAGUACUAUACAUAUGGUCCCAUCACUGGGAAAAUCUUUCUGAAGCAGAAAUUUUGAGAUAACCAUUUGCUUGCUGUUUAUUUUAAUAAUUCUGGUGUUUGGUUGGUGUGUAGUGUUAGUAUGAACUUACUUCGGGGAGGUGACAGGCAACAGCAAAUGUUAUUAUCCUGAUAAUUUUAUAUCAAUUGAUCCUUACACAUUCAAUUUGUGACUGGAGAGGAGCGAUGUUUGAAAUUUAGUCUGGAAGCAUAAAUAGUUUUUGUAAGACGAGUUGAUUUCCAAAAUGUUUUUUCUUCCCAGCUAAUUACGAUAUGAAUGGCUAUUGUUCUUUUCCUUUUCCUCCCCUCCUUCCGUCUCUGUUAAAGGAGUGUAGCCAGACUUGAGGUGUCUUUUACUAGUUUCAUUUACACAUAGAUCAUUCCUGCCAGUACUUGUCCAAUUUCCUUUUCAUAAUAUUUCCUUUUCUUUUCACCUGUUGUUCGAUAUACCUGUCCUCUUAUCCUUCUUUUGAUCCAUGCAGGGAUGUCGUAAUGGAGAAUCUUGUCCUUACUCUCAUGAUAUAAGUACACCAUCAUCGAUUACAGUGGAAAGUUCAUGUCUGCCAGAAGAUGACGUUGCUAACCCACAUUCACUCAUACAACUCUUUCCUGAUUCUCCUGAAGGGUGUGUCCUACUCAUGGAUGAUGCUGAUUUCCAUUUUUCUCUGAAUCUGGCUAGUUUUAUAGACUCAUCCUCGAUGAUUAUAACUAAUCCUUCACAACGCGGAGCCACAGCAGUUGACCCUCUGCUGAUGGAUGCCAAAAUUCUUUGGGGCCUUUCUCAUCCUGUUGAGGCAAUUGUACACAAAGCAGGAGAGGAAUUAGUCCCCUGGAACAAAGUUGAAUGCAUACUGUGGUUUCCUCAGUUUGAUUCUGAAAUUUUGGAAGUGCAGAAGGGGCACUUGAAGAAUGUUUUUCAGUAUUUAUCUCUCCGGAUGUUGGCAGAUGCUCUCUUUGAAGUGCAGUUGAUCAUAACAAUGAACAAUAUUAGGUUUUCUCAGUUGCAGGUAAUGUUAUAAGCAAAGCACAAGUUACUUUUUUUUAGCUUGAUUAAAGAUGUAUCUCAAAAGUCUUUUUCAUUAUUUUUUUUGCUCGAGUCUAUUCAUAUUGUCAUAUCUAAGUUCCUACCUCACCCUCAAACAAAAAGGGCAUAUCCUCUUCUUUCCUGACAAUCAUUUUAUGUCUCUUUUAUUGAUGGUUUUCCCAAAAAUUAGGUCUGAGUAUGGCUCUUUUCCCCAUGUUAUUUUCUUUUGCGUUUAAAUUGCUUUUGUCCUAUUCCUUUUAUGUUGUCCUCAUACUGGUUUGGUUCAUUUUUAUGUGCUUUGUUGAAGUUUUAUAUAUUUCUAUAUUUCCUUCAAGGAUUUUUUUCCAGGCAUUCUGUCCCAUAGUUUUUUUUUUUUUUUUAUAAUAUUUCCCCUAAACAGCAGAGGUUUAACUCAAGAAGAUUACAUAGAAAUAGAUUGUUAUGAAGGACAAUACAUUAAAACGUACGUCUAAAUGUGUUUUGACAGAAUAUGAUAUGAAUUAUGAUUCAUAAAACUGACCCUAUAUUGUGGAAUUAUUGUUGUAUUUGUUAACAGGGCAUGCCUUAUGUCUUCUAGAAUUGAUAGCCUGACAAAAUGGAAAGAUAACUUUUAUCCUAAAUGCCAUAUUGAUGAUAAUGGUUGAAAUUUAUCGACUUGACUCUCUUAACCUGAGUUCCACUGCAUCCAAUCAGUUGAAAUGUUGAAUGGUGUCUUUUCAGCACUCCUACUCUUUUCGCAUGAUUUAAUAAGAUAUUGUUUCACUCUUGAUCGUUUAGCCAUGUUUUAUGCUUUUUUGUUUGGGCCGUCGCUCUUGAUAUGGGUAUUGGAAUGUUGUUCCAGGUGGAGAAAUUUGCGAGGGAAGGCUUCUUCUUUCUAAAGGAAUCAUUUCCUUUUGAUGAACUAAGCUUUGGGGAACUGAGGGAUGAGAUCAAUGUGAAAAAGGCAAUGUUGGUGUGUAAGCCCAUAUCUUAUGUUUUCAAGCUGCAUGCUCCUUCAAACUGUCAGUUUGGUGAUUACAGAAAGGAACUUUACCGGCAUUUACAUAAAUUUUGUUGAGAUUUGUCCUCUCCAUGAUGUAAAUUCAGCUUCUGUAGGGCCCUUUUUUCCGGUAGAAGAACAGACCUUGGAGUAAGAUUCUCGAGUAGUAGUAUGAAACUGGCUGUAAUAUUUAUACCCUGCCAGAGGAUUUGAAAUAUUUGUGAUUUUUGAAUUUGAUUUUGAAUAUACAUGUUUGUUCAGCUGAUAUGUUGGCUGCUUACAGUCAAAAAAGAUUUUCAGGAAAAAAUGUUUCCUCUA